AUCCCGUUCCACAGCGGGUGUUUAGAAAGAGGAUCUGCCAGGUGGUUGAUAAUGAUCGGCAUUCCUGACGAAAAAGUUUCUUUGACGGAAGAAGCAGACGAUUUUUGGACGAUGAGGGACGACCAAAAUAAACGCCGGCGUUUAAAUAGGCCUCAGCGGAUGGUUUAGAAACUGAAUAGCGCCGUUUCGAUUCGAGCGCUUAGAAAACAAGCCAUGUUUCGAUCUUUGGAGAGAUCAGCUCUCUCGGAAGCUGGUUCUGGAUUUGUGGUGACUAUGGGGCUUGGUUGCAGAUUUUUUUUGUCGGCGAACCAGUGCACGGGAGCAAUUUUGGAUGACCCAUUAUCUCCAUUGACAAGUAAGGUACUCGUUCCUUGGACCGCCUUCUUGGGUGUCCAAAGAGAAACGAAGGGCAUGGAGAUCUAAUUAUAAUGUCCUGGAGAAACGAGCUGGAAUGAUGAAAUGUGGUGCGAGACCAGGAGCCCCAAGCAGCUGCUCAACUUCUAUUCAAUGGAGCACUUCAUCUAAAUGCGUCGGCCGCGUCUGUGCUCACACUGCUACAGACUGCUCCAAACCCGCACAGGAGAAAAAAGACAAGGAUGUCUCGUCCCUACUAUGUUCUUUAAAGGCGUCCAGAAGCAUUGCCCAGGUUCGCAGAAUUCAUGCAGGCGCUGUAGAAACCGGAGUGUCCUCGAACGUUCGCAUUGCAAGCAGCUUAAUCAGGAUGUAUGCCAAGUGCGGCAGCAUGUCGGAGGCCCGAGAAGUCUUUGACAGUAUCCACCAUCACGACGUGGUAUGCUGGACCGCACUGAUACUGGGAUAUGUGGAAAACGGACAGGGAGAAGUGGCCCUUGGCGUUUUACUACAGAUGCAUCGCUCAGGCUGCAGUCCAAAUGCUCGAACUUUCACAGCGGCGUUCAAGGCCUGCACAGUUCUAGCAGCAAAGGAACCGGGCAUGCAAGUUGAUGGAAAGACGCUGAAACUGAAGGCUUUGGAAAAAGGCAUGGCUAUUCACUCCCAGGCUCAGGAUUUCAGUAGUGGAGAUGCUUUCAUUGGAAGUACUCUGGUAGAGAUGUACUCCAAGUGUAGGAGCAUGGUGGACGCUCACAGGGCCUUCGAUGGGACACAGCAUCGUGACGUAGUGCUCUGGACGGCAUUGAUGGUUGGCUACGUUGAGAACGAGCAGUAUGCGACAGCGUUAGAACUACUUCAAGCCAUGCAGUCCAACGGCUGUAUGCCAAAUUCUCGAAGUUAUGUGGCUGCUCUCAAGGCGUGCUCGAGUCUUGCUGCUAGAGAAGAAAGCAGGGAGAUAGAUGGAGGUUUCGUGAAACUGGUGGCACUGGAGCAAGGCAUGGCUUUGCAUUGCCAGGCAGCUCAAAGUAACAAAAGUGGCAGUGGGGAUUUGUUCGUGGGUAAUAUCUUGAUCGACAUGUACUCAACCUGUGGAAGUAUGGUGGAUGCGAGAGCAGUGUUUGACAAGAUGGAACGUCACGACGUCGUCUCGUGGACAGCUCUCUUGUCGGGGUAUGCUCAAAAUGGGGAUGGUGACACAGCGCUUGAGUUAUUUGCAGCGAUGAAGUCUGAGCCUUGUCUCCCAGAUGCUCGAACGUUUGUUGCUUUACUGAAGUCAUGUGUUGCCCUUGCUGGUAGAGAAAAGCCAACGCCUGUCCAUGGAAAGCUUGUGAAAGUUUGCUCGCUUGAGAAAGGGAUGGCCAUCCACUGUGAAGCUUCAAGCAGCAACUGUAAGUUCGAUGUUUUCUUGGAAAACACUCUGAUUGAUAUGUACUCCAACUGUGGCAGUGUGAUGGACUUCAAGCUCGUCUUUGAUCAGAUGCAACGCCGGGAUGUUGUGUCAUGGAAUGCGUUGAUGCUUGGGUACGUUGAGAAUUCGGAGUGUAAGGCUGCCUUACAGAUGUUUUCGUCAAUGCAGGAGGAAGGCUACAAACCAAACAGCCGAACGUUUGUUGCUGCAGUGAAGGCUUGCAUCGGUUUGGCAUUGGCCGAAGAUGACACGAAAGUGGACGGGAGGUUCAUGAAAAUAGGCGCCCUGGAGAAAGGUAUGGCUAUUCACUCUGAGAGCAUGAAUAGAUUAUGUGACUCGGAUGUUUUUGUUUCCAGUAGUCUGAUCGACAUGUAUGCAAAGUGUGGAAAUAUGAUAGACGCCUCCAAGGUGUUUAACAAGAUAGAUCGACCAGGUGUGGUACCGUGGACGUCAUUGAUACUGGGAUAUGCGGAGAAUGGGAAAGCCGAGCUUGCGCUGGAGCUUUUCGUAGCCAUGCAAGCAGAAAAGUGCCAGCCAAACUCUCAGACAUUUGCUGUGGCUUUCAAGGCCUGUGCUUGGCUAGCAGAGAAAGAGGAGUUCACAGAAGCUGGCCAGGGGAAGCUUGUGAAGCUGGUUUCUCUUGAGAGAGCUUUUGCUCUUCAUUCUCGAGCCCCGAGGGUACAGAACUUCGCAGACAGCAGCACGGUGGUCGUGGAGAUGUAUGCAAAGUGUGGCAGCACAGUGGACGCUCGGCGAGUUUUGGACGAAAUGGAGUGCUGGAAUCCAGCGUCCUGGUCAGCUCUUCUUGUGGGACACACCAGAAAUGGAGAACUUGAUGAGGCGAUGGAACUGCUGUCCACCAUGCCUAAGUCGAGAGGAGGAGAUCCACGAACUCUAGCAGCAGCACUCAAAGCUUGCAGUAGUGUUGGGGCCUGGCAACUGGGACGAAAAGCUCAUGCAGAGAUUUGCCGCUGUGGACUGGAGAGCAACCAAGUCAUAGCGACAUGCCUGGUUGACUUCUAUUGCAAAGUUGGAAGUGUGGUUUCGGCUCAACAGGUUUUUGACUCAAUGUUGUUGAAAGAUCUUGUGGCUUGGACAGCACUUGUAGCUGGAUAUGGUCGCCAAGGAGAUGCUGCCUCCAUGUUUGAAAGCUUUCACAGCAUGCGAGAUUUUGGCCUUUGUCCUGAUAGUUUUACAUUCCUUUCGAUCAUCAGUGCUUGUAGCCAUGCAGGACUUGUGAAACAGGGAAAGGAGUGCUUGUAUGCAAUGAAGAUGAAAUAUGGGAUUUGUCCUAGGCAUGAGCACUACCAUGGAGUGAUUGAUCUCUUGGGACGAAUAAACCAUUUGGAUGAGGCAAUGAUGGUGUUAGAAUCUAUGCCUCUAGAACCGAGCUGUGUAACUUGGACUACCAUUUUGAACGCAUGUAAGAAGUGGAAAAAUAUCAAAAUUGGGAAGAUUGCAUAUAAUGCUUUGGUGAAGAUUGAUAAAAGGAACAAAGCUGCAUAUACACUUAUGGCUAAUUUAUAUGGAAAUUAACAUUUGCAUGUUUGGUGAAAGAACAAAUGUUAGCGGCUGUGACCAAGAAAGCACCAAUGAAGCACUCCAUUAUAAUAUGUGAAGAUAAAAAAGCUCUUAUUCAA